AACAGUAGUUCUUCUCCACCUAUAAAUAAAGGAGAAGGUAGCAAAGAGAGGACCAUCAGUAAUCUAUCGAUCGAGUCAUAGAGCGAGUGAGUGAGAAAGAAAGAGAGAUAGUCCCUUCGGGCUUAUGUAUAUUCUAGCCAUGUCUGCCUAAGGAGUUGUAACCUCCUUCUGUCUAAGGGAAAGAUGUUAAAAGUCCAAUAAAGAUGUGAAAUCUUUACGAACAGAUCCUUGUUUGUAAGUUCUUCCUUUUCCUUUUCUGUUUACCUUAUGCUUUCUAUUAUUACAUUUGCAAGGCCAAGAAUUUAUCAGGUUCUCUGCCUAUUUUGGCCCAGAAGCAUCUGUCGCUAUUUUCAUAGUGAAGAGCUCUCUUGGGAAGACUAGUGGAUGUCUCAUCCUCUAUAAAUCUUCCUAUUUUCCAUUCUAGUCCUGCAAGUUCUUCUGAUUGUAGGAUUUGGGUUUGAUAAAUUUAAUGCUUUGUGAUGCUAACGCAUCUACAAUACCAUCAAUAUUCAAGUUAUAUCUAACUUGAUCAUUGUUACUUAACCUUCUUACUGUGGCAACAGAGACUAGAAGGUUAUCUCCUUCUGUCAUAUCUUCAUAUCCCCGUGUUUGAAUUCCUACACAGAAGUAUUUUUGAAAAUCUCUAAAACUCAUACAAGUAUUAGGAACCAAAUAUAUAAUUUUAGCUCCCUGGUUGAGAUCGAUUUCCAUUGCCCCCAAAUUUGCUUUAGCAGCUUUGUUGAAACGUUUGUCAAGAAUCAUGACAAAACAUUUGGUUCCAGUCUCUUUCCUAUGAAGAGGUCUGAUUUUUGUGGCGAUUAAACCUACAUGAAUUAGGUUAUAACUUAUGUUUGGUUACUCGGAACAGAUAUGACCACCUCUCUAUUGUACGCGUAUCUACCUUGCAGAGGUCUCCAUUUUGAAUGCCAUACAAGAUUUCAAGGUUUAGGAUUUGUCUAACACCCCUUUCUUGUUGGUCUUCAGGGAUCUUAGCGAUUUCCUCUAACUGCAUGUUAUGAAGGUAGCUAGAAGAGGCACGAUCUCUUCGUCUUCUGAAUGUUUCGCCUAAAAAGGUUAGACGAGACUGGUUUCCUGAAGAAGGACUUUCCCUCAGGGUUCUAGAUCUACCAUAGAAUGGUAAGGUUCAAGUUUCACUUACGGUAUGAGUUGGAUAAUUACCUUCUUCUGUCUUUAAGGGGUUCAAAGUUAAAAGUUUGAAAGAUGUUGGACCCUCACCACCUUAUCUCCUAAUUUGACACAUUAGGAUACUUUGUUUUGUGCGUACAUUUAUCGCACAUACAAUGGGUGUCUUUAUAGUGGGACUCUCCACUAUAUUAUCAUCCUUAUCCUCAACUUUGUCUUGUUGUAAUGAUAAGGCUCCAUUAUUUCACAAAGAAACUUUCAUUUUCUUGAUGCGGUUGGCAGUCUUUGUCAUUUUGUAAAGACGAGGCUCCAUUAUUGCUCUCAGAAUCUUUGCUAUUCUGGGUACAAUUUGUCUUGUUAUUAUCUUCUAGAAAACAUAGUUUCCUCUUUUUUUGGUUGUCAUGCAAGUAGCUUUCAUGAAGAUGUGUUUUCUUCUGAUGAAUCUGAAAAUAUUUUUGAGUGGCGUCCUCUUUUGAUAAUAAAAUCGUCACAUCUUGAUAUGAUGUCUGAGUCUGGUGUCAUUCUUUUGAUUCUCUGCCACAGACAUAACAAGUCUGCUUCUCGUGUUUCAUGAGAUUGCAGUAAAACUUGGCAAUUUUCUGAGAACAUGUAUGGUCUCUUAUAUCAAUUCUUUUCUGGAAUGCAUGUAGUUUUGCUAAAGAAGAACGAUCCUUUUUUUUGGCAAUACUGAUCAAAGCACAACGGCUACUGGAGGCAUGAUGCUACCAAAUAGCGUUUUCCACGUAGGCUUUUGCAGCCUUAACAAUGGCUUUAAGGCCUAUUGUUCUCAUGUAAUGGAUUAUUUCCAUUAAAUCCUUAUUACAAGGAUAAGCCUUUUUCUCUUGAACUCUAUCAAAAGUCAGCUCGUAAUUUUUUCCUACAAUCCCAAUAUGAAUUAGGUGUAGGCUAGAUUUUUCUUUAAAAAGUCUAUUUUCUCUUUGGAUAAUUUCAAGAUCAGCUGAAAAGAACUUUAAAAAAUAAGAGUCUCGUUAGAAACUGCUGAGUUAUUGAUAGAAAAUUCUUUUACCGUCUUCACAAUUUCAAGAAAUAAUAGUUUUAUUUUUUUGAAUGAAGGAGAUAAGUAAAUGUUACUGAUUGAUGCAAAACUGAACUAUUUUGCAAUAAAUUCAGGUGGAGUACCUUGAAGACAUGAUUCAGGAAUAAAUUCCUGAAAAAUUUGUCAAAAAAUUUUCUUGUGGAUCUUCCACAGGGAGUUUAUAUAAUUCGAAAAGAUUUUUUCCGUAUAAAUCGACUAGUUCAAGAUUUUUUGGAAUCGUUUCUAUUGCAAAUCCUGCGGGGUAUUGAAUCUUCUCAGUUUUUGAGGUUUUAAAACUAUGUCGGCCGCUGUAAAAACAGAGGAUUGUCCUUUAUCCUUCUCAGUUUUUUGAGUCAGAUGCAAGUUGUCUUCAACCACUGAAAUUUCAAGGGUUCGAAGUUUCUCUUUCCCGAUUUUCUGGUCUGAAGGCAACUUUUGAUCCUCAAUGAUUUUACCCAUUUAAGACUUGGUUUUGCAACCCUUGUAACCACACCUGCUUUUACCAGGGAGGUUAAUUCUUUCUCCAAAUUUUGGAGGUGAUCAAACACAAUAUCCUGUUGCUUUAAAAAGUUUGAUUGUUUUUCAAAGAACUCUGUUAACAACUUUUGUUGUUGCCUCCUGUGCUCGAAGAACAUAUCAACUGCCUUCGAGAUUUUUUCAAGAAUGUCUUCCAUCUUUUCCCUGCAAAUUAAGCAAUCUAUAAGAUGUCAGAUAUACUAUUGUCCUUACAUUUGAUAUGUUCAAAAGUGCACUGUAAGAAUAUUGAGUUACAAUAUCCCUGAAAUUGAGUUAUCUUCUUGCAGAUGAUCUUUUGUGUGUUUCAUAUAACUGCGAAUGAAACUUAACAAUAUCUUCACAAUCAGUUCGUAUUGUAAAAUCUUUCUUAACAUAAAUAAUUCAAAUGCUUUUAAAGCAUAAGAAAUUGCUCUAUUUAAGAUAUAUUACCUUUUUCUUUAAAUUUACCAGACGCACAUCUGCAAAUUUCUUCACUUGAUUUAGGGUCAUAUUUUGAGGGCUUAGCAAGCAAAGCUUCUCCCCGUCCAAAAUGUGAUCCAUCGGUUUGGAUUAUCAAAUAAUCAGUAUUAAGUGGUAACCUUUAACCGCAGAUCUCUUAUAUGAACUGCCAUAUUUUUCUCUUCUUCUAACGAGAGUUUGAUAUUGGCUGUUUUUAUUCUUAAAUCAGGAUUGAUUCUGUCAAGUUUACACAUAACUUGGUUUUUCACCCAAUAUUUUUGGGGAUUAUCUCCUAUGAUUUCUAGCUUUGAUAACCUAGAUAUUAGGUCAUCUAUUUCUUGGUAGCUUGAAUUAAUUCCAACUUGCUCGACACAAUUUAGAAUUCCUUUUGUAUCUAGAACAUAAUCAAAUGUUCCAACUUCCAAAUCUAUCAACAUCAACAUCAACUAAUCAUUGAUAAUUCGGGAUUAGAAGGUAUUUUCGUUCAUGUUCUAGAAAAGUUGAGAUAUAUUCCUUAUCCAUGAUAAUUUGACACAUCAUGGCUUGCUUUCUAUUUUUCUUGAUUUUUAAAUAUUUUUUAAAAUUAAAAAAUUAAUUUUACGAUACGCUAGCUACAUUUGCGAUACGUUACGAUAUAGCGCAUAGGUCGGCCAGACCAAUACGCGAUACGCUACGCCUUUUAUAACAUUGAUAGAAACUAUUGAAUAGAUGGAUUCUGAGUCACUAACAUAUUCAUCUCCGCUAAUGAGUUCUUCAUUAGUGAUAUUUAAUAAUAUCGCUUCUUUAGAAUACAAGUUCAUUAGUUUAGGGCAAUGGCUUCCUAAAUGGUCAUUGUUUUUACAAACAAUGCAACUUAAUUUAUUUUUAUAAUUUCUUUUCUUAUCAUACUUACGGACGUGCUUGUCCUUAUUUAAGUAUGGUGCUUUGCUUUCUGAUUUUCUCAAAAAAUAUCUUUUAUUAGGCAUUCUGGGUUUAGAUUUUGAAACGAUCCUUUUACCCCUUCUUUUAGUAGGGUUUCUUUUCACAGGAUUAUAUCCAUAAGUCUGAGUUGUGUAAAUGUUUUUGCAAAAAGAAUGAUCUCCUUUUACCUGUUUUUCGAUUUUUAUUUUUGUACAUUUCUUUUCCAGAAAUCUAUAAACGUAUCUUAUCCUGAAUCCAAUAUUUUGCAUAAAGGGAUGUGCAUUCAUAUCUUUGAGAUAGAUGGGCCAGUUGUUUACCAUCUCCUUUCCCAAUGCUCCAGGUAAUUUCCUAAAGAGUGUCUCCUAUAUUACUAUCAUACGCAUUUCCAGAUAAGAAGGUGUAAUAAUAGUAAUCAUUUAAAAAUUGUUUAAUAUGACUCCAACUUGUUGAGUUGUUCCAACAUGUUAAGGGCUUCAUAUUGAAGCUCUAUCGUUCCCAUGUUAGGGCUAGCACCUGUCAGAAUAAUUUGUAUUCUAAAUACAAAAUUAUAAGUGUUAGAAUAUAUUGUAUUGGGAACCGGGUCCAUAUCUGGACCCAGUCGUGUGGGGCACGGAUACCGAGGUGGGCUCGGUACCCUAGGCGGCACCUCUUUCUCUCCCUCCUAUAUAUUCUUCACUUACAUGUAAUUGUUGAGAUAAGUGAAUAUUAUUUUCUCUCUCCUAGGGUUGCGGUUUGCCCCUAGGUCAGAGCUUCCCCGUGGUUUUUCACCUCUUUCUGAGGUUUUCCACGUAUAUUGUGUGUUCUUUCUCUGCUCUCUCCUUGUGGUUCGUGUUUCUACAUGGUAUCAGAGCCACCGCGUGUGAGAUCGUUGGUGUGCAAGUAGUGAUUUUUCCGCCGUUCUCGUGCCGCCUCCGUUGCCGUUUCCAGAACCGACGCCGCCCAUCGUUCCCAGCGCCGUCGUCGUUUUUCCGCCGUCCAGGAACGCCGCUGCCGUCGUUCCCAGCGCCGUCGCCGUCGCUUCUCCCAGCGCCGCCGUCGCCUGGGUUAUCUCCGCUGCUCUGCCGCCGUUGCUGUUCCCAGCGUCGCCGUCCAUUGCUCCCAGCACUGCUCUGCCGCCGUUGCUGUUCCCAGCGCUGCCCUGCGCCGCCGCCGGGUGUCUUGUUUCCGCCGGCCGCCGGUUGUGACCUUCUUUGGGGAUUGCGAUGGCUGACACCGCGAUGCCCAAGCUUGAUGAUGCCCUCGACACGGGCAGCAAUACCAAGGGUGAGAACUUGCCUGUUCAUGUCACCUCCAUUCGGCUGAACAAGGAUAACUAUCUCUCGUGGUUUGCUGCCCUAGAAAUCGGGAUUACUAGUCGUGGUCGCCUGCACUAUAUCACUGGGGAGAAGCCUGCACCUUCUAAAACUGAUUCGCAAUGGCCGACCUGGGCGUUGGAGGAUAGUCAGGUUAAAGUAUGGAUUAUUAGUUCGGUUUCCGCAGAUAUUCAGCCCUUGAUCUUGCGUAAAUCGACGGCGUAUGAUAUGUGGACUGUUCUUGCACGUAUGUAUGGUCGUAAGAAGCGUGUUUUACGUGCCUAUCAAAUCAAACGUAGCAUAUAUGCUCUUAAACAGGAUGACUUAUCUGUUGCCUCCUUCUAUGCCGCCCUGAAGACCAAAUGGGAGGAACUUGACUAUCAUGUGAAUGAUGACUGGAAAUGUGGUGUAGAUCAUGCCCUGUAUUGGGAAAAGGAAUGGAUGGACCGCACCUUUAUCUUCCUUGGAGGCCUGCGUGAUGAGUUUGAAACCAUUCGAAGCCAGAUUCUUAACUGUGAUGAGAUUCCUGGCAUCGAAGAGGUGUAUGCCCGUAUUGAGUCUGAGGAGCAACGGCGCCAGAUUAUGCAUAUUGACUCCCAUCAGGGGAGUUCUCCAGCAGCCUUUGUGAGCCAUACUUCAGGGACGGGGCAGCGUCCUACUCGACGAUGCAGCCAUUGCAACAAAGUGGGUCAUUCUGAUGAUUUUUGUUGGGAUCUUCAUCCUGAGAAGCGUCUCGUCCGAGGUCGUCCUCCUCCUCAUCGCCGUGCUUCUUCUGUGCCAGAGCCUAGCCCGGGGUCGUCCAAUGUUGCCAAAUCCAAGCUCUCCUCAUAUCAACUCAGAGAGUUGCAAGCCUACAUUAGUCGGUUGUCUACCCAGGAUGAUGCUUCUACUUCUGAGGGGGCUAAGUUAGCCCAGGCUCUGGUUGCUACUAGUGAUCAAGGACUUGGGGACGGGGCAGAAGAUUGGGAUUGGUUCGGCUAUUGAUGGGCUCUACAGACUGCCCGUUCGAGUUGCUUCUGCUUUGAUUUCAGCCACCAGUGGACAGUUGCCUGGCGUGGAGGCCAGAUCCGUCAUUAUGC